CGGGGAAAUCCGGGGUACAUCACACUCAUUCCAGACUGGGAAAGAUACCCCAUCUUCCCCCAGAGUCCAGCAACAACCUAAUCGGCGAUUGCAUAUCCUACUAGCCGCAACCCUAUACUAUGGAUCGGCAAUUGACUCCGAUAUAAAUAUGCCUACGCCCUUCUGGGUAUGGGAUGGUGGGUUGCUUCUCAGCUGAUCCACACCCCCUUUUACUAGUAGCACAUUCACUGCAUCUUAGUCUCCUGCAAUCAUGGCAGACAAUGACACACCCGACCGAUCAUCACUCCAAUUGAAGAAAGACAUCGCGACUGCCGAGCAUGAUGAGAAUGUUGGUGCGGUCGAGUCGACCUCCGAUCUGGCCUAUGGCGUGGGCGGCAUCCGUGGCCUCUUCCGCUCAUGGUAUGUCUUCGGAUCGGCGACCCUGGCAUCACUGGGCGGGUUCUCCAUGGGGUAUGAUAUGGGUGUCAUUUCCAUUAUCAAUGUCAUGGAUCAGUUCCACGCAGUAUACCCUCGUUCCGAAUCUGCCUUCGGAAAGGGCUUGAUGACAGGAAUGUUACUGCUGGGUGCCUUUGUCGGCUGUCUCUUCAUGUCCUACCUAGCAGAUCGCAUCUCGAGAAAGUGGGCCAUCACGGUCGUCGUGGUGAUCUUCGACAUCGGUGCUAUCUUGCAGACUGCAGCCGUGAACUACGACAUGCUAGUUGCUGGCCGCUUUAUUGGCGGUAUUGGCGUGGGCACUCUGGCCAUGGGUGCACCCCUCUACAUCUCCGAAACCUCACCCCCCGAGCUCCGCGGAACCCUCCUGGUCCUCGAAUCCAUCUCCAUCACCCUCGGCGUCGUCAUCGCCUACUGGAUCACCUACGCGACACGCUACAUCCCCAGCGAAGCCUCCUUCCGCCUCCCCUUCGGCCUCCAAAUGGUGACCGCUACCCUCCUCGGCAUCGGAAUUCACUUCUACCCCUACUCUCCGCGCUGGCUCGCCCUCGUCGACCGCCAAGACGACUGUCUCUCCAGCCUCUCCAAACUCCGGGGCCUGCCACGCACCGACCCCCGCAUUCAGGCCGAAUUCCGCACCAUUGUCUCCGAAAUCACCUACCAGCGUCUAGUCCAGGAACGUCGCCACCCCGGCGCCACGGGCCUAAAACUCGAGCUCGUCUCCUGGCUAAACCUCUUCUCCCGAAGUACCUGGAAACGCGUCGCCGUGGCCUGCGGCGUGGGGUUCUUCCAACAGUUCUCGGGGAUCAAUGCGUUCAUCUACUACGCGCCGACACUCUUCCAAUCUCUAGGGCAGUCGGAUAGCAUGUCCACCAUUCUUUCUGGCGUGUUCAAUAUCAUCCAGGCUGUGGCGGCAGUGAUAUGUGCGUUCAUUAUCGAGGGAGUUGGACGCCGCGCACUAGCCAUUUAUGGUGCCUUUGGCAUGGCCGUGGCUUACAUCAUCAUUGCUAUCUUGUCCGGGUUGUAUUCAGAUGACUGGGCAAGCCAUGUAGCAGCAGGCUGGGCGUGUGUCGCCAUGGCAUUCGUGUUCAUUUUGGUCUACGGCGUGUCGUAUUCGCCGUUGGGGUGGGCCCUGCCGGCGGAAGUGUUUCCUAAUGCGUCUCGGUCGAAGGGUGUCGCGUUGGCGACGUGCACUAUCUGGCUGUCGGAUUUUAUUGUCGGAGUGGUGACGCCCUCCAUGUUGUCGGAUAUCGGAUACAGAACGUAUGUGUUUUUCGCGGUGAUGUGUACGUUGGCUGGGGUGUGGGCGGUGCUGUUGGUGCCGGAGACGAGUGGGAAGACGCUGGAGGAGAUUGACGGGUUGUUUGGGGACGCGGGGGCUCGGGCAGAGAGGGAGAUUGUUAGGGAUGCGAUGGUCGGGGCGGGGGAUUUGGGGGGUAUUUAG